AUGUCUCAAAUACAGUUGUUGAGGGUUUUUAUUAACGAGAGAUUAACAGCUGCUGCUGAGGAGAUAUUCGAGGUCGUUGACAAAACGGUAGCAGAGUAUCAGGACGAAGUUGUCCGUCUACAGAGGCUGCUCGACAUUGUUAAUCAACCUGAGAUAAACCAACACCGAGCAGGUAGGCUCACUCAUUAUGUUUGUCUAACGCAGCGUUAAUUUUAUAUUAUUACCGAGUGUCUGGGCGUAAGUAAAAGUGAGUAGGUCACAAUGUUCCUGCAAAAAUACCCCGACAUAUUUAAGUGAACAUUUGUGCUAUCACAUUGCAUCAUUUAACACACAGGAUAAAUGUCCGUUGACAAAAACACCCGUUAUUAUUGCCAAGUAAGCAGUGCAACUACACAACGGCUUAUAACACAGCUGACAAAACUGAGGGGUAUACUACAAAGUAGGAUCAAUGAGUCUUAGGAUCAAUGAGUUAGCCAGCUAACUUUGAUUAACAACCAAAACGAUCUACUGAUUUUCAGAUGUAUUAAGAAAGCUAAACUUCAAUGUGUUUUUGAGUGUUGAGUCAAUUAGACCAUGCGUUUCUUUCUAAAAAAUAACUUAUUUCAGAAUAUUUAGGCGAGUUAGCUGGCUAACUCAUUGAUUCUUCUUUGUAGUAUACCCCUCAGGCCAACUGCCCAAGUCCAACUGUAAACAAACUUAAUAAUGAACUACACGUUGUCUUAACACCUACAGUACCAGUCAAAAGUUUGGACACACCUACUCAUUACAGGGUUUUUCUUUAUUUUUACUAUUUUCUACAUUGUAGAAUAAUAGUGAAGACAUCAAAACUAUAAAUAACACAUAUUGAAUCAUGUAGUAACCAAAAAAAAGUGUGAAACAAAUCAAAAUAUAUUUUAUGUUUGAGAUUCUUCAAAGUGGCCACCCUUUACCUUAAUGACAGCUUUGCACACUCUUGGGAUUCUCUCAACCAGCUUCACCUGGAAUGCUUUUCUAACAGUAUUGAAGGAGUUCCCACAUAUGCUGAGCACUUGGCUGCUUUUCCAUCACUCUGCGACCCAACUCAUCCCAAACCAUCUCAAUUGGGUUGAGGUCGGGGGAUUGUGGAGGCCAGGUCAUCUGAUGCAGCACUCCAUCACUCUACUUCAUGGUCAAAUAGCCCUUACACAGCCUGGAGGUAUGUUGGGUCAUGGUCCUGUUGAAAAACAAAUGAUAGUCCCACUAAGCCCAAACCAGAUGGGAUGGCGUAUCGCUGCAGAAUGCUGUGGUAGCCAUGCUGGUUAAGUGUGAAUGAAUUCUAAAUAAAUCACAGACAGUGCCACCAGCGAAGCACCCCCACACCAUCACACCACCUCCUCCAUGCUUCACGGUGGGAACUACACAUGCAGAGAUCAUCCGUUCAGCUACACUGCGACUACCUCAUGAAGCUGGUUGAGAGAAUGCCAAGACCUUGCAAAGCUUUCAUCAAGGCAAAGGGUGGCUACUUUGAAGAAUCUCAUAUAAAAUAUGUUUUGAUUUUGUUUUACACUUUUUUGGUUACUACAUGAUUCUAUAUGUCUUCACUAUUAUUCUAAAAUGUAAAAAAUAGUAAAAAUAAAGAAAAACCCUGGAAUUAGUAGGUGUCCAAACUUUUGACUGGUACUGUCCAUAUGGGAAAAGUUAUACUGUCACAAAAUAUGGAGAAUGGAUGAAGUGUUCAGUACGACAGUAAUCAAACAUUUUACAUUACAUUUGUACGUUUUAGUCAUUUAGUAGACACUCUUAUCCAGAGCUAUCAGCAAAGUCAGUGCUAGUUGGAAAAGGUAGGCUUUCAGAUGUUUUCGGAAGAUGGGCCAUGGUCAGCGGGUCGGACACCAGCAGCUCGGCACUGGAAUAUGCGCAAAUAGCUUCAUGCACAAAGAAGAAUAGAAAUAGAAAGUCCUGAAUGUGUUUUCAUUAAAGGACUUGUUCACUAUUUUACAAAUUGAUGUUAAAUUGUUCCUCACCCUGAAAGUAGUCUAUGGACCAGGAGAAACUGUAAUCAAUUAUUUCUUUAAACAGCCAUUAACUUCUACGGGAUCGGUAGUUGAGCUAACGUGCGCUAAUGUGAUUAGCAUGACUGUUGUAAGUAACAGCAAACCUUCCAGGACAUAGACAUGUCUAUAUAUGGACAGAAAGCUUAAAUUCUUGUUAAUCUAACCGCACUGUCCAAUUAACAGUAGCUAUUACACUGAAAAAAUACCAUGCUAUUGUUUGAGGAGAGUGCAUAACAACAAAAAAUUUAUCACGGCAACUGGUUUGAUACAUUCACCUCUGAAGGUAAAUAAUGUAUUAACAUUCAGUGAUCUUGCUCUGAUUUGUCAUCCUAAGGGUCCCAGAGAUAAAAUGUAGCAUAGUUUUGUUUGAUAGAAUCCAUUUUUAUAUUCAAAUGUAGGAACUGGGUUCUACAGUUUGAACCCCUGCUGUCUCUGGCUCCACACCCACCCCGCCCGGCCAUCUAGAUGUGUGAAAGUUAGUGUAUAAGCUAAUGAUCCAUCAUGUAUGACAUUCCUGGGAGUGUGUAAACUUACAUUUUGUUUUACCAUAUCAUUUUUGUAUGUUUUCUAUAGUUAUGUACUUGAAAAUGUAUCAAUUGACCAAUUCGGCACAUUUGGGCAGACUUGAUACAAAAUAGUCCAGUAUUGUAAUGCUUCACUGGCUCAAUCUGAAACUUUGCACACAGACUGCUGCCAAAAUGUAUCUAGUGGCCAAAAUCUAAAUUGUGCCUAAACUGCAAUAUUAUAUUGUGGCCUUUCUCUUGCGUUUCAAAGAUGGAACAAAAAAAUAAAUAGAAAAUGCAUGUUUUUUUGUUUGUAUUAUCUUUUACCAGAUCUAAUGUGUUAUAUUCUCCAACAUUCAUUACACAUUUCCACAAACUUCAGUGUUUCCUUUCAAAUGGUAUCAAGAAUAUGCAUAUCCUUGCUUCAGGUCCUGAGCUACAGGCAGUUAGAUUUGGAUAUGUCAUUUUUAGGCGAAAAUUGAAAAAAAGGGUCCGAUCCUUAAGAGGUUAAACUUAAGCUAAAUUUAGCCACCGCUAGCAAAAAAUCUAUGGAUGUGAUGGGGGCAUGUGAGCAUGUUUUUUUUUUUUUAUGGCCAAAUCACCUUUAAGUAACAUGCCCCCAUCACUUCCAUUGAUUGAGUUCGCGUUCGAGCUAGAUUGUUGAGACAUGCAGUUAGCCUGCAAGAUCGGAUGGAUGUUUGGAUACGGCCUGUAGUUGAGAAGAGUCUCUCAACACUACAUGAAGUCAUAGGAAGGGUGAUGAUGUCCCUUAGUAGUCUAUUGAUGUUAGGGAAAAUGUCAGGGUUGCAGCUGUCCAAAACUUCAAUAAGGGAUGGGAAUUCCCCCCUCCCUAAGCAUGCUAGGUAGUGCUAUGUUUCAACAGCCAUUGACAGACAAUCCAGUAGGGGUUGGAAGCUAUGGUGAGCUUCGAUUGGCUACUCGCACCGCGAUAUUGUGGAGGAUUUGUAUAAUGUUCCGCUUUCCCCAACAUUAGUCCCAUCCUGUUCAGCCCAUGCUCACAUUGCUCAACGGUCCUCUGCCCACUCCGCUUCUCUCACUUUCCUUCCAUUGAAAAUGAUGUGUAGCUCAGUUGGUAGAGCAUGGCGUUUGCAACGCCAGGGUUGUGGGUUCGUUUCCCACGAGGGGCCAGUAUGAAAAAAAUAAAAAUAAAUGUAUGCACUAACUGUAAGUCGCUCUGGAUAAGAGCGUCUGUUAAAUGACUAAAAUGUAAAUGUUUCACUGCGCGAUGCCGCUGUAUAUGAACACGGGCCGUUAUACACGUCUGCCAUAAUAGCAUAGUAACGUUACAUGCUUGGUGAUUCACGGAGCUCUGCUUUGAUCUUGCACAAUAGCAGGGAGGCUGCUGAUUCAAGCAGCUUGUUUUUAAUGUCUAGACUCAUGAGUCUGUUGUGGCAAAUUCAGCCUUAUACUGAUCAAAGAACCAAAGUAUUUCAGAGUUUUUGUAGAAUUAAGAUAGACUUUAUUACAUAAGCAAUAGAGUCGAGGUGGUUUGCAAAGCAUCUCCCUUCCACCUCUCAGCUUUGUUUAUAUAGUCAUUUUACAAACAUUUUAGCUUAACACCUUGUUGUGACGUGCCUUUCAUUAUUGUGAUGACUAUUAUUUAUCGAAUAAUUACCUACUAUGUUUCAUUGUUACUAGAUUAAAUUAAUCAUGUAACAAUUAACUAAUUAGGAAUUUGGGGCACCACGGGAAAAGUUGUUUAACGAGUUACCGUUUCCCGAAUUAACUCUAAAGAUAUCUUUAUCUCUUAUCAUUUAACAGUCAUUUAUUAAUCAUUUACGUCAUAUCAGUGUCAUUCUGAAAGUCGUAGGCUCUUUAAGUCUGCACGAACCCGGGUCUUACUGAUCAUUCCGUACCACACAAAUUGAUUUAAUUAUUUAUUUACUAACUAAUUAAAAAUGAUAACCCAAGAUACAAACACAUACACGGUAUAGGUAGGGAUUAGAAACUUAAUACAAUGAAAACGGGUCCUUAGCGGACUAACACAAUAUGACACUUGUUACAAAAGAUUGCGAUUUAGAGAGAGAGCGAGAGAAAACACUUGGAUACACAUGGACAUAUACUCAUAGUAAUCCUAAUAAUUUGGCAAGAACUGUUGCCUGUUUGGUAAGAAAUAAUGCAUGUAUUUACGUGUUUGUCUUCGUGGGAAGGGUCGAUUGAGCCUUCUCUUUUCGGAUGGCGUUUUAGAUGUAAGGUUCAGAUGUAAGGCUCAGAUUGUCCACAAGAGGUCACAAUGCCCUUGUUCUUAGUCGUCCGUUUACUUUCACUCGUUCUGGAAGUGGUCUUCUGAGGAUGGCUAAUCAGCCAUGUCGAUGAUCCCCUGUGGGGUGAUGAGAGCAGUGUAGUAGACAAUGGUUUGAAGAGAGAGUAACAGGAUGGUCCCACUUAAAUUCACCUUCUUAGAUACAGUACUUAGAACAGCUACUCAGCCGUAACAUUGAUUGUUAGUGGAGGCAACUUUGUCGUCUUCACCUCGUGUUGAUUUUCAGGGUCGGGACCAAUAUGGACAAAAGCUGCAGCUUGAGGUCCGUCUAGUCUGAUCUGAUAAUUCGUAUCUCAGUCUUUUAUGCACUCCGGUAAAGAGGGACAUUUCAUACUGACACGCUCUCUGAGCUCCCUUGGGCGUGGCUAGUUAGAAAGCUAAAAUCACAUUCCUAUCUUCACGGAAAAAUUGUCUUCCUCCUUGAUAUUUUCUACCCAAGGUAAAGGAUGUAAACCUGAUAUCCACAGUGUAAAAGCUCUUCAAGUCACAAUGUUUUCGUUAUAACGCCUUUAUACCAUUUUUAAUGACAUCACAAAAUAUACAUUAAUUUUCCAUAUUCCAUUUCUCAUCAUUCCCAACAUUUAGAUGUUGAAAUAUAUUGUCCCAAUGUUCAUUGUUGAAUGUUGAAGUUUUGGGCGGCAAAAGUCUCUGAAACAAAGGACAUUCCUUUCACCAUACUAGAGGCCAGAGAUAGAAUAAUCUAUCUCUAAUUUAUGGCAGUAUUAAGGUGUCAAGACCGGCACAGCCCAAUGGUGGUGCAAUCAAUCAAGCCCUGUCAUGCAAACAUAAUCAUGUUCAGUUUGAACUCUGUUCAACCCUGGCUCACCCUGGCUUGACCUGGAGAUUGAUUGUUGGACAUGGCAGGUCCACAAUCAAUCUCUCAAACAUACCCAAGCCCAACCCCUCUCUCCCACCCCGUCAUGCUGUAAUUAAUUAUUAAGACGCCCAAGUAGAGACAGAGGGUUUAGCCUGAACUCUGUUCAACCCUGGCUCGUUCCAGGGUUAUGGCUAAGCAGAGCCACAGUCUGGUUUCAGUCACUGAUAAGAUAAGACAACUGUAGAAUUUGACCCGAACACAGGUCAGAUGCCCAUUUUUACACACACAAACCUAGUGAGAGGAAUUAAGUUCUUGCCUACCAACAGAGAUGUACCCAUGUUUAACCUUGGCUCCGUGUUCGUCAUGUUGUGAUUAGUGCAUAGCAUAACAAUGUCCAGAACCACUUCGACAUAAUCACGAUUCCUCUCUACAAAUAAAUAGUCCAUGGCAUCGCAGUUACCCAGGCUUUGAUUGCAAUGGCUUACACUGUAGCCUUCAAAUUAAUCCAGUGCAAAAGAGUGGGAUUUGCUAGCCUGGUGCUUGAAGCAUGCCUCGCGAAGGUGCUUCCAAUCCUUAUAUCCGUCUCUAACAAAUGAGCCUUCCAUAGUGGCCUCUAGGAAAUGUCUACACAUUUUACAGAAAACAGCGUCCCUUGUUGAACUGUAUUCCAGCCAAGAAAACUGUCCAUACCGCUUCCAUGAAAAACACUGUGAUUUUCCAUUGAUCACUGUAGUAAGGAACAUUCCGAUUUUUGGUUGGGUAGGUGGUUCAUCAACAGCAGACAAAUCCGCGGGUGGACUCGUGACAUGCUCACCGUGACGAGGCUGGGCCGGGGGAUGGUAAGCUAGCUGGGCUGUGGAAGUCGAAGGAGUAGCCAUGCUAACCUCCUCAUGGGCUGACAUGCUAGCCUCCGUAGUGCCAUGCCUAGUGGUACCAUAUGAUUGCCAUAUACAGUGAGGGAAAAAAGUAUUUGAUCCCCUGCUGAUUUUGUACGUUUGCCCACUGACAAAGACAUGAUCAGUCUAUAAUUUUAAUGGUAGGUUUAUUUGAACAGUGAGAGGCAGAAUAACAACAAAAAAAUCCAGAAAAACGCAUGUCAAAAAUGUUAUAAAUUGAUUUGCAUUUUAAUGAGGGAAAUAAGUAUUUGACCCCUCUGCAAAACAUGACUUAGUACUUGGUGGCAAAACCCUUGUUGGCAAUCACAGAGGUCAGACGUUUCUUGUAGUUGGCCACCAGAUUUGCACACAUCUCAGGAGGGAUUUUGUCCCACUCCUCUUUGCAGAUCUUCUCCAAGUCAUUAAGGUUUCGAGGCUGACGUUUGGCAACUCGAACCUUCAGCUCCCUCCACAGAUUUUCUAUGGGAUUAAGGUCUGGAGACUGCCUAGGCCAAUCCAGGACCUUAAUGUGCUUCUUCUUCAGCCACUCCUUUGUUGCCUUGGCCGUGUGUUUUGGGUCAUUGUCAUGCUGGAAUACCCAUCCACGACCCAUUUUCAAUGCCCUGGCUGAGGGAAGGAGGUUCUCACCCAAGAUUUGACGGUACAUGGCCCCGUCCGUCGUCCCUUUGAUGCGGUGAAGUUGUCCUGUCCCCUUAGCAGAAAAACACCCCCAAAGCAUAAUGUUUCCACCUCCAUGAUUGAUGGUGGGGAUGGUGUUCUUGGGGUCAUAGGCAGCAUUUCUCCUCCUCCAAACACGGCGAGUUGAGUUGAUGCUAAAGACCUUGAUUUUUCACCCAGUUCUCCUCUGAAUCAUUCAGAUGUUCAUUGGCAAACUUCAGACGGGCCUGUAUAUGUGCUUUCUUGAGCAGGGGGACCUUGCGGGCGCUGCGGGAUUUCAGUCCUUCACGGCGUAGUGUGUUACCAAUUGUUUUCUUGGUGACUAUGGUCCCAGCUGCCUUGAGAUCAUUGACAAGAUCCUCCCGUGUAGUUCUGGGCUGAUUCCUCACCGUUCUCAUGAUCAUUGCAACUCCACGAGGUGAGAUCUUGCAUGGAGCCCCAGGCUGAGGGAGAUUGACAGUUAUUUUGUGUUUCUUCCAUUUGCGAAUAAUCGCACCAACUGUUGUCACCUUCUCACCAAGCUGCUUGGCGAUGGUCUUGUAGCCCAUUCCAGCCUUGUGUAGGUCUACAAUCUUGUCCCUGACAUCCUUGGAGAGCUCUUUAGUCUUGGCCAUGGUGGAGAGUUUGGAAUCUGAUUGAUUGAUUGCUUCUGUGGACAGGUGUCUUUUAUACAGGUGACAAACUGAGAUUAGGAGCACUCCCUUUAAGAGUGUGCUCCUAAUCUCAGCUCGUUACCUGUAUAAAAGACAUUUCUGGGAGCCAGAAAUCUUUCUGAUUGAGAGGGGGUCAAAUACUUAUUUUAUAUCAAUUUAUAACAUUUUUGACAUGCGUUGUUCUGGAUUUUGUUGUUGUUAUUCUGUCUCUCACUGUUCAAAUAAACCUACCAUUAGAAUUAUAGACUGAUAAUUUCUUUGUCAGUGGGCAAACGUACAAAAUCAGCAGGGGAUCAAAUACUUUUUUCCCCUCACUGUAACCAAUUAGAUCCCAGGAACCUCCUACUGCAUUUUAAUUGUUUUUCUUUCUGAUAAGUCAGGAGAUCCAGAGCGACUGCUAAAUGACUAAAAUGUAAAUGUAAUAAUAAAAAUCAACAAAUUCAAGUUCAUUAUUUUAAAUGUUUUGACUAUAUUUAAAGCCAGCCUGAUUGGGUGGGCCAGUAUUCAAUCUGGCAGGGCCUGGGACCAGCCAGGCCCUGCCAUGGCUUCGCCUGUGAUUGGAGCAAUGUCAAAGGUAGUUAUUUUUUUUACGAAGUUUAGGAUUACAGUUCAUUUAUAUUUGACUAGUAUAAGUUAAUUAUUGCAGGCGUACCAGACGGGGUAGGUCUACAUGUCAGUUUGUCUACAUGUCUGUUUCACCCUUUUUCCUUUCCUGCAGACCUCCAGCAACUCACUCUCUCUUUCUCUGAAGCGGAGGUUUCCCCUGAGCAGCAGCACUGUGAGCAGGAGUGGAGCCCCAGUCUGGGGCAGGAGGACCCAGAACCCACACAGAUUAAAGAGGAACAGGAGGAACUCCGGACCAGUCAGGAGGAAGAGCAGUUUCAAGGGCUUGAGGCAGAUACCAUAGAGAACAUAUUCAUUCCUGUCUGUGUGAAAAGUGACUGUGAUGAGGACCCAACUCAGCUCUCACAUCUCUAUCAAGCCCAAAAGAAAAGAAACGGAGAGAGAGACACUCUACCCAAUAUUACAACUGAACAGAUCAAAACAGAACCUGAUGGAGAGGACUACAGAGAAUCAGAAGCAACCAGUGUCUCUCAGCCUUUCUCUGCUGUAAAUCUAGACUGUUCUGCAGCUCAGAGUGAAAACAGUCAAAGUGUCAGUGGUAUGGAGACAGGAGGACCUCCACCAGGUUUUAAGCCAGUCAUAUCAAAGAUGGUAAAAGGACAAAGCUCCCAUAUCAAUACUAAGGGUAAGAAUUCCACACAGUUAUCCCUCCUGAAAUCACCCAGUCAAAGUCAUGCUACUCCCUGUUGUUGUAAGGUGUGUUGUAAGUCUUUUCAUCACAUGGGUUCAUUAAUUAAACACGUGCAAACUCAUAGAAAGGAUAAAGAAAGUAUUUGUGGUGUGUGUGGAAAAUGUUUUCAGUCCACAGAAAGUAUGA